UGUGAGCUAGAGGAAACUGCUGCUACACCGGAAUCUGAGGAAUCCGAGGUGUCCGCCAACAAGUCCUCUCUCCUGCCGGUCCCCUCUGCGCCUCCAGACGCCUUCCUCUGACUUCCAGGCUAUCCGUUAACAAGAUGUCCCAGUCUGACAAAAUGAAACAGGGCCAGUUCACCAACCCUGAGACUCCAGGUUAUGUUGGAUUUGCCAAUCUGCCCAAUCAGGUUCAUCGCAAAUCAGUCAAAAAGGGCUUUGAGUUCACCUUGAUGGUUGUUGGUGAAUCGGGACUUGGGAAGUCCACAUUGAUCAACAGUCUCUUUCUUACUGAUCUCUACCCAGAGAGAAUCAUCCCAGGAGCUGCAGAAAAGAUUGAGAGGACAGUCCAAAUUGAGGCGUCUACUGUUGAGAUCGAGGAGCGAGGAGUGAAGCUCCGCCUCACUGUGGUGGACACACCAGGAUAUGGAGAUGCUAUCAACAGCCAGGACUGCUUCAGCACUAUCAUCAGCUACAUCGAUGACCAGUUCGAGCGCUACCUUCACGAUGAAAGUGGACUCAAUCGUCGUCAUAUAGUUGACAACAGAGUCCACUGUUGCUUCUAUUUCAUCUCCCCGCUUGGCCACGGCAUGAAACCCCUGGAUGUCCAGUUCAUGAAGGCCAUCCACAAUAAGGUCAACGUGGUUCCUGUCAUUGCCAAAGCUGACACGCUCACACUAAGAGAGCGGGAGAGGCUGAAGCGCAGGAUUCUGGAUGAGAUUGACGAACAUGGCAUCAAGAUUUACCACCUGCCAGAUGCAGAGUCGGAUGAGGACGAGGACUUCAAAGAGCAGACCAGGAUCCUCAAGGCGAGCGUGCCGUUUGCUGUUGUCGGAUCCAACCAGCAGAUCGAAGCCAAUGGGAAGAAGCUGCGGGGUCGCCUGUACCCCUGGGGAGUGGUGCAGGUCGAGAACCCUGAGCAGAAUGACUUCCUCAAAUUGCGAACCAUGCUCAUCACCCACAUGCAGGAUCUCCAGGAAGUGACCCAGGACCUGCACUAUGAGAACUUCCGCUCAGACCGCCUCAAACGUGGCGGCAGGUUGUCCUCCCAUGGUUACAUUCUGCCUCUCUCUCCUGUAAAGGGACCAGAACCAGAGGAGAAGGACAAAGACAUUAUCCUGCAGGAGAAGGAGGCAGAGCUCAGACGAAUGCAGGAGAUGAUUGCCAAAAUGCAGGCUCAGAUGCAGAAGCAGGGAGAAGGGGAAGACGUGUGAGAAGACUCCGGUGCUUGAGACACUUGCUUGAGUUGGACCAGAGAGCCAGACAGCAGCAGAAGUCUCAUGUCUUCUGGUCAGCGACUCACACUGCCACUAUUUUCUAUCUGUCCCUCUCUGGGUGUAUGGAUUCUUUUUUUUCUUCUUCUUUUUUUAAACAUAUCAGAAAUAUAUUCAGUUACACAUUCAGACUAAAUAUAUGUAUAAAUCCAAAUGUAAACACACGGUUAUAUUUCUCAUAUCUUAUCUGUGUUUAUGUCUGCACUGGUUUGAUCUAGAUGUUUUGGGACUGACCGUGGGAGAACAGUUGUCAUUUUCGCCACUCUCUCUGAAGACUCUUUUUAACGGUGAACUAUAUUUUUAAUACAAAUGAUUCGGAUUUUGUUACUGCUUUUUGCUAUUUGGGAAACAAAUCUGUUGCUGCUUACAUCUGGUCAGAACCUGCCUGUGGACUGUAGCUUUAGUUGAUUUUGCCUCUCUGGGAUUCAAGGCUAGUGGCAGGAUCCGCUCACACGAGAAAGACAACACAAGCGUGCCAUUUAAAAUCCCAACCCCCGUCAGUGUUAAUCGUCUGCUUGUGGAAAAAGUUUGGGUGGAUUUUUGAGUGUCAUUUCAGGAUAUUUGUGACUGAUGUUUCCAUGUUGAGAUGAGAUGUUGUUGAAGAGUUGCAAGCUGUGAGCCCUCACCUCCAAACGUCUUCCCGUAGACCUUAAAAUGAAGGACAGUCAAACAAGGAGUGUGAGCGCCACACUCCGCUUCGGUGCUUUUGGUCGACUGAACAAACCCCCUCAAUGAAGCCGUGACUCAGGUGUGUUUCCCUCCUGUGGCACUUUAAUUCCCAAACUGAGUCAUUGUAGCCAGUGUUUCCCUCAAUAGCCAAAAUGUAAGCUGACAUUCCUUUGUGCUGUUUUUAGCUUAUAUUGUUAUCAAAGAACCAAAUAUAGUUAUUGAUGCUAGUAUUGUAAUAAGAUUUAAUAAACUUUUCAACUGUGAA